GCUGUCGAGAACUGCUAACUUGAGUUACGUAUUAUCUAAGACACUAUUUUCGUCUGUUGAUUUGUGUUUACUGUCUACGUCACUAUGAACACUUUCUAUCAGAAGAGAAGAAAAUGUAUACUCGCUUUUCUAUUGGAUAAAUACCCUACAGGUACAGGUGUAAAUUAUUGCAACAGCACAUGGGAUGACUUCUCAUGCUGGCCAAGAUCCAUAGCUGGUACCUUCUCUAUUAUACCUUGCCCACAUGGACUUGAUGGUGUCGACUCAACAAAAAAUGCCAGUCGAUAUUGUGAUGUGAAUGGGUUUUGGGCUAAUAAAUCUAAUUAUGAUGACUGUUUAUCAGCUAGCGUUGGCAAACAUAAUAUUACGGGUUUACCCCCGGAGAGUCCCGGUGUAAGAAUAAUAUAUAAUGUUGGUUUUAUAGUAACAACUAUAGCGCUGUUAGCUGCUCUUAUUAUCUUUCUGUAUUUCAGGAGUUUGCGAUGUUUACGAAACGUCAUACAUUGUCAUCUAAUAGUGACGUUUAUAUUACGUAAUAUAAUAUGGGUUAUUUUACACAAUGUUAUACUAGAACUGUAUGAAACUGAAUAUGAGUGGUUUUGUAAGGUGAUAGUGACCAUAUAUAACUAUCUACAUGGUACCAACUUCUUCUGGAUGUUUGUCGAAGGGCUGUAUCUUUUUACUAUAAUUGUGUGGGCAUAUUCUGCCGAUAAGAUACGCAUUGGGUACUACGUCAUCAUUGGUUGGGGUAUACCAAUUAUAUCCGCCAUUAUUUGGGCAUUUGUUAAGGCUUACCUAGAUGACGACUAUUGCUGGUUGCCAGCGGACUCACAAACUCAUUUUGAUUAUAUAUUACAUGUUCCUAUUCUAUUUGUGCUUGUGAGUAAUAUAUUUUUCUUGUCAGCCAUCAUUUGGGUAUUAAUCACUAAAUUGAAAGCUUCACAUAAUCUAGAAACCAGACAGUACAGGAAAGCUGUAAAAGCCACCAUCAUUUUGUUCCCGUUGCUUGGUGUGACGUAUGUGUUGUUUUUAAUGCCACCCAGUGACGACCCCGUUGUGGGAUCAGUGUUCAAAUACGCAAAUGCAUUACUGCAAUCAUUUCAGGGCUUAUUUGUCGCUGUAUUCUAUUGUUUCCUGAAUGGAGAGGUUCAGGCUGUAUUAAGAAAGAAAUUCUCAAAUUUUCAAGAGAGCAGAAGCAUCAUUACCAGAUACACCAAAACAUCCUACGUCAGCUCACCAUAUCGCUCCAGUUUCCAUAACCAUUCAACGGCACCGGGUUCUAACGGAAAAUCAAAUGGCGACCGCGGGAAACGAUUUAGUGAAGAUUCGCGUGAAGAAGAAGCCGAAAAUAUGCUUUGAAGAUAUAUAAAGUUCUAUAAUCAAUGUGCUAAUACGCAAGUACCCAAAAUAAAAUUAGUCCCCAGAUACUUACCCUGAAGGACAUUGUGGUGACGGAAGUGAGGUGCGUACUAUGUUAUACUGGACUAUGACAAAAGACUAUUGAACCGUGCUACUAUAUAUUUGCCAUCUGUUCUGAACUAAUAACUGAUUUAUAUCUAGAAGAUUAUUUUAUGAAUUGAUUUUUUAAGGAGAUAAUAAUUACACGACUCGAUUAAUUAAGAUAUAUAAUUUUGCUAAAAAUAGCUAUGUGAGAAUCCAAGAUGGAGAUUUGAACUUGGUUAAUACCGCCUUGAUGAUGGAUGCCACGAGUUCUGUCUUUAAUUGUAAACAAUAACCGAAUCAUAUCAAAUGUUGACGACGUCACAUUCCUAAAUCUAACCAAUUAACAUAAACGAUGAUGAUGUGUGUAUAUAAAUAUUAAUAUUAGGUGACACCUACCAACUCUUUCUCAUUACAUCAUUAAUAUAUAUUAGUAUUGCCUGCCAAUCAUUUAUAGCUGUUUUAGUCUUUGAUUAUCAUCUGUAGCAAAAGAGGUGUGCUCAAGUUCUGUGUUGUAGUUAUUUCCCUUUAC